ACAUCAUCUCAUGUAAGUACAUAGUACUGACUUGUGACUCUUAUCUCAACUACAUUUGGUCAAUAUCGCUGAUCUGAUGUUCACCAUGAUCACUUUGUUCCAAUCCAUUGAUAAAUUUCUUUGCUAUUAUUUCUGAUCUGUUGUCUGGAGAAGGAAUACGAGUUACCAAAAAAAGCAAAACUGAGAAAAGAAAAUAAAAAAUUGCAAAAGCAGAGAACGAACGAAAGAAAGAAGAAAAAGUAAUGGAGAUUGUGGUAUCAAUUGUUGGAAAAAUUGGAGAAUACAUUGUUCCUCCUUUCGGAGAACAUGUUGGCUAUCUAAUUUCCUACAAGAGGAACAUCGCGAAAGUAAAAGAGCAUUAUCAGAAGCUGCUUUUAAAGAGGGAAGCCGUGCAACAAUCCGUUAAAGGAGCCAAUUGGAAUCAAGAAGUAAUCGCACGUGAAGUUCAGACAUGGCAAACAAAUGUGGACAUAAGAAUUGAAGGGCUUCGGAAAUUCCUUGAAGAAGAUGUUAAAGCAAAUACGAUGUGCUUGAAUGGGUGGUGCCCAGACUUGAAGUUUCGUUACUCCUUAGGAAAGAAAUCUCAAAAGAAUACUGAAGCCAUAGAGGAGCUAUUACAAGAAGGUGAAAAAUAUGAUCGGGUGUUCAUCCGUGCUCCUCCGUUGGAAGUAGGAUCAACAUCCAAUGGACGCUUUAAGAAUUUCGAGUCAAGAAAGACAAAGAUUAAUCAAGUUUUGGAGGCUCUAAGGGAUGACAAGAUGGACAUGAUUGCGAUAUGUGGUAUGGGAGGCAUCGGGAAGACAGAAAUGGCCAAAGAGAUAGCCAAAAGAGUAAAAGGUGAUAAUUUAUUUGAUAAAGUUGCAAUUGCAGUGGUGUCUCAAAAUCCAAACCUGAAGGAGAUUCAAGCCGCAAUUGCCGAGUGCCUAGGCCCGAAACUUAAUGAAGAGUCUUUAUCAGGAAGAGCAGCUCGACUACAUUCAACACUAGUGAAGAGUACGAAGGUCCUUAUAAUACUGGAUGAUGUUUGGGAACCACUUGAUCUCGAGGCUAUUGGAAUUAGUCAUGGAGAUAAAGAUAAUAGUUGCAAAAUCUUGCUUACCUCAAGAAAUGAAGAAACUUGCAAUCAAAUGAAUACUCAGAAGAUUUUUCCAAUCAAACUCUUGUCUAAAGAAGAAGCAUGGAAUUUUUUUAGAGAGAUGGCAGGUGAUUCAUGUAUUGGUAGCUCCAGUCUACGACUAAAAGCCAAAAUGGUUGAAGAGGAAUGUGGACGUUUACCUAUUGCUAUUGCAACUGUUGGAAGUGCUAUGAAAGACAAUAGCAAGGAAAAUGAGUGGGAUGCCGCACUUGAGCAGCUUAAAAAGUCUAUUCCACAAUAUAUCCCUGGUCUACAUCCAAAGGUCUAUGCCAGCAUAGAGUUCAGUUACAUUCAUUUAAAAAGUAAAGAUGUCAAGUCGUGCUUUCUUAUGUGUUGUUUGUUUCCAGAAGAUUAUGAUAUACCUAUUGAUGAUUUAGUAAGAUACGGCGUUGGGCGAAGGUUGUUUGCUGACAUUGAUACAAUAGCAGAAGCAAGGCGAAGAGUCCAUGCAAUUGUUCAUAAUCUUAAAAGAUCAAAUCUAUUGCUAGAUAGUAGGCAAAAAGCAUUCAUUAAAAUGCAUGAUGUUGUAAGAGAUGUUGCCAUAUCAAUUGCAUCCAGAGAUGAAAAUGGUUUUAUGGUCAGAUGUGAUGUUGGACUUGAAGAAUGGCCACAGAAGGAUACAUAUGAAGGCUUUGCCGCAAUUUCUCUUAUGCUUGGAAAAACAACAAAACAUCCCAAAGGGUUGAAGUGUCCUAGACUUCAGCUUUUGCAACUGUCAUCUUCCAUUUGUCCACUCCCACCUAAUAUGUUUGACGGAAUGAAGGAAAUAAGAGUGUUGUCUUUAGAAAGAAUGUCUUUGGAACGAUUGCCACCAUCAAUUCAGGUCCUUAAGAACCUUCGAAUGUUGAAGUUGGAGUAUUGUUCUGACAAAUUAAAAAAUGUGUCGGUAAUUGGAGCGCUUGAGAAACUAGAAAUGUUGAGCUUUUGUGGUUCUGAGAUCAAAGAGGUUCCGAAGGAAAUAGGAAAUCUUAGACAGCUGAAGUUGCUAGAUCUAUCGAGAUGCUAUUAUCUUGAGCGAAUUGCAGCUGGUGUCCUAUCUUGUUUAUCUCGACUGGAAGAAUUGUACGCGUAUGAAUUUGAUAAAUGGAAAUCUACAGGAGAGAAUGGAGGAGGAAUAGAUAAUGCAAGCUUUGCCGAAAUAAUCCCGUAUUCCCAUCAAAUGAUGGCUUUAGAAAUUUCUCUGCCAAGUAUAAAGUUGUUGCCACAAGACUUGCACUUCAAAAACCAAAAGAUGAAAUUUAGGAUAAGAAUUGCACCAAGAUUUCAAUGGCUAAAACUUGAUUCAACUUCAGUGUAACACCCCGUAUUUUAGUGUAUUUU